AUGAAAUCCUUCCUUACUGUCCUUAUGGCCUUCUACUGCCUGGCCCUCACUCUCACAUUUGCACAUGGUUCCCAAUUAGUAACUGAUGAUCCAAAGUGUGCAGAUAUUAUGUGCCUACCUGAAAUGUAUUGUUCUAAUGGUUCAUGUAUUUGUAGAACUAAUUUCACAUGUGGAGCAAGCUGUAAUGUGGUUACAUGUGCUUCUGACGCUUAUUGUUUGAAUGGUGCAUGUAAGGCAAAGAAGGAACUAUCCAAUGAUACAUCUCUUAAUAAUGUUGGUGUACUCUUUUUGGUUACUCUCACUACAAUUUGUACUGUUUUAGUUUUGUGA